AAUCAGACGUAGACUAUAAACCCACUAGCCAUUUUCUUCUCAGCUUCCUUGUCUUAAAGUUUAGAAAAUAAAAACGUUGGACUUACAAGAGCGAAGACUUAAGCGUAGACUCAACUACUGCCAAUCACUCAAGAGGCGAUGGUGGCUGGAACGGAGAACAUGGAGGCGGUACCCGCGGAUAGAGGUGGCGAGAUAUUGAAGCCACGUACGGACAAGAGAGAAUAUCGGAGGAUUGUUCUCGAGAACUCUCUUGAGGUGUUGUUAAUCAGCGAUCCAGAGACUGACAAGUGUGCUGCUUCAAUGAACGUUAGCGUCGGAUCGUUCUCUGACCCCGAAGGACUGGAUGGGCUAGCUCAUUUCCUUGAGCAUAUGCUGUUUUAUGCAAGUGAAAAAUAUCCAGAGGAAGAUAGUUACUCCAAGUAUGUCACUGAGCAUGGUGGGAGUAGAAAUGCUUAUACAUCCCGUGAAAACACAAACUACCAUUUCGAUAUCAACACAGACUCUUUUGAUGAGGCUUUGGACAGGUUUGCACAGUUCUUUAUCAAACCACUGAUGUCGGCUGAUGCCACCAUGAGGGAGAUCAACGCUGUCGACUCUGAGUAUCAGAAAAACUUGUUGUAUGAUUCUCGGCGAUUGGAUCAGUUAAAGAAGCAUCUAAGUAGAGAAGACCAUCCAUAUCACAAGUUUAGCACAGGGAACAUGGAGACUCUUCACGUAUGGCCCGAAGCAAAAGGAAUUGAUACAAGGAAAGAACUGUUUAAGUUCUAUGACAAGCACUAUUCCGCCAGUAUCAUGCAUCUGGUUGUUUAUGGAAAAGAAAACCUUGAUAAAACUCAAGGUCUAGUGGAAGAGACGUUCCAGGAAAUUCGAAACACCAACAAGAGUAUCCCUAUAUAUCCUGGUCAGCCGUGUACUCCGGACCAUUUGCAGGUUCUUGUGAAGGCUGUACCUAUAAAGCAGGGUCACAAGCUUACCGUUUCAUGGCCAGUAACACCUAGCAUCCAUCAUUAUGAAGAAGCACCAUGCGGCUACCUUGGUCAUCUAAUUGGUCAUGAAGGCGAAGGAAGUUUGUUUCAUGCGUUAAAAACCUUAGGUUGGGCAACUGGACUGUAUGCCGGUGAAUCAGACGUGACUAUUGACUAUUCUUUCUUUGAUGUCUCAGUUGAUCUUACUGAUGCUGGCCAUGAGCAUAUGCAAGAUAUUUUAGGGUUGUUGUUCAGACACAUUAAGCAUUUACAACAGUCUGGUGUGUCACAGUGGAUUUUUGAUGAGCUCUCUGCUAUUUGUGAGGCAGAAUUUCAUUAUCAAGCCAAAAUAGACCCAUUUUCUUAUGCAAUGGCUAUUUCCAGAAACAUGAAGAUAUACCCAACCAAGCAUUGGCUCGUUGGAUCAUCACUACCUUCAAGAUUUAAUCCAGAUUUUGUAGAAAAGGUUCUAAAUGAGCUUUCUCCAAGCAAUGUUAGAAUAUUUUGGAGAUCAAAGAAAUUUGAAGGACAAACUGACGAGACUGAGCCAUGGUACAACACUGCUUAUUCUUUUGAGUAUAUAACCGAAUUCACCAUUCAGGAAUGGGUGCAGUCUGCCCCUGAUGUAAAGCUGCAUCUACCAGUACCUAAUGUCUUUAUUCCAACAGAUUUUUCACUAAAGGAUGUUAAAGAUAAGGACAUUUUUCCUGUUUUGUUGAGAAAGACAUCAUUCUCAAGAUUGUGGUACAAGCCUGAUACAAAGUUCUUCAAACCGAAGGCAUAUGUUAAGACAGAUUUUAACUGCCCCCUUGCAAACACUUCUCCUGAUGCUGUAGUUCUUUCAAAUAUUUUUGUUUGGUUGCUGGUGGACUGUUUGAAUGAAUAUGCUUAUUAUGCUCGGGCUGCUGGUCUUAACUAUGGAUUAAGUCUUUCGGGCAAUGGUUUUGAGCUCUAUCUUGAUGGCUUUAACCAUAAAUUGAGGAUCUUGUUGGAAGCUAUCAUGCAAAAGAUAGCAAAAUUCGAAGUUAAACCUGACAGAUUCUCUGUUAUCAAGGAAACAAUGACCAAGGCGUACCAAAAUAUCAAAUUCCAACAACCAUAUGAACAAGCAAUGAGUUACUGCUCAAUGGUUUUACAAGAUCGCACUUGGCCUUGGACAGAGCAACUAGAUGCUCUUACUCAUUUGGAAGCUGAAGACUUAGUGAACUUCGUUCCCAUGUUGUUAUCAAGGACAUUUGUUGAGUGCUACGUAGCAGGAAAUGUUGAGAAGAAUGAAGCUGAGUCCAUGGUCAAGCAUAUUGAAGAUGUUCUUUUUAACGAUCCAAAACCUAUUUCUCGUCCGAUAUUUCCAUCCCAGACCAUGAUAAGUAGGGUUGUAGAGCUAGGGACAAAAAUAAAGUGCUUCUACCAUCAAGAAGGCUCAAACCUUAGUGAUGAAAGCUCUGCCCUAGUGCAUUAUAUUCAGGUUCAUCAAGAUGAAUUUGCAAUGAAUAGCAAACUUCAGCUUUUCCGUCUCAUUGCAAAGCAAGCUACAUUUCACCAGCUUAGAACGGUGGAGCAACUUGGUUACAUCACUUCACUUAAUCAGAGCAACCACUCUGGUGUUUAUGGUGUACAGUUCAUUAUCCAGUCUCCAGUUAAGGGUCCUGGACACAUUGAUUUAAGGGUUGAGUCACUUCUCAAGGAUCUUGAGAGUAAACUUUACAAGAUAAGCGAUGAGGAAUUCAAGAGCAAUGUAACAGCGUUGAUAGACAUGAAGCUUGAGAAACACAAGAACUUGAACGAGGAAUCUUCAUUUUAUUGGCGAGAGAUUAAAAGCGGGACAUUCAAGUUCAACCGCAAAGAUGAAGAGGUGGAUGCACUAAGAGAGCUAAAGAAGGAAGAACUGAUAGAUUUCUUUGACACAUACAUAAAAGUAGACGCACCAAAGAAGAAAUCGAUGAGCAUAUGCGUUUAUGGAAGCCAACAUUUGAAGGAAAUGGCGUCUGACAAAGACGAAGUUGCAUCACCAUUCAUAGAGAUUGAAGACAUUGUUGGUUUCAGAAAGUCUCAGCCACUUUAUGGGUCGUUGAAAGGAUGGAGCCAGCUAAAACUCUGAGAAGGUCCCAAACUAUUUGCAAAGAUAUGCAUGAACAAACUCUCAUAUACCAAAACAAUAUUGUAUUGUAAACAAAACAGUCUUUAUCAUCUAUCAUUCAAAAACAGAGUUUUAGAAUCGUUU